GAACCUUUGGAGUUUGAUAUGAUGAUUAGAACAUAACCACAGUGACACGUUGAAUUCGCCAUAAUCAAGGAACCUUUUCCGGGUGGGGAUCUCUGAAAUUACUCAGUGAGCAACCCUAAUUACCCUGAUUUUUUGCUGAUAAUCACUCUCAAUGGAAUCAAAUCACAAAUCCGGGGAUGGAUUGAGCGGCACCCAGAAGGAAGCAGCCCUCCGCGCACUGGUCCAGCGCACAGGAUAUAGCUUGGUCCAGGAAAAUGGACAGAGAAAAUACGGCGGCCCUCCACCUGGUUGGGAUGCUGCACCACCGGAGAGAGGCUGUGAAAUUUUUAUUGGAAAACUUCCCCGGGACCUUUUUGAGGAUGAACUUAUACCAUUAUGUGAAAAAAUUGGUAAAAUUUAUGAAAUGAGAAUGAUGAUGGAUUUUAAUGGCAACAAUAGAGGCUAUGCAUUUGUAACUUUCUCAAAUAAACUGGAAGCCAAGAAUGCAAUCAAGCAACUUAAUAAUUAUGAAAUCAGAAAUGGGCGUCUCUUAGGGGUCUGUGCCAGUGUGGACAACUGCCGACUGUUUGUUGGGGGAAUCCCAAAAACUAAGAAGAGAGAAGAAAUCUUAUCAGAAAUGAAAAAGGUCACUGAAGGAGUUGUCGAUGUCAUCGUCUACCCAAGUGCUGCAGAUAAAACAAAAAACCGGGGCUUUGCGUUUGUGGAGUAUGAGAGCCACCGAGCAGCUGCCAUGGCCCGGAGGAAACUGCUACCAGGAAGGAUUCAGUUAUGGGGACAUCCUAUUGCAGUAGACUGGGCAGAACCAGAAGUGGAAGUUGAUGAAGACACAAUGUCUUCAGUGAAAAUCUUGUACGUAAGAAACCUUAUGCUGUCUACCUCUGAAGAGAUAAUUGAAAGGGAAUUCAACAAUAUUAAACCAGGUGCUGUGGAAAGAGUGAAGAAAAUCCGGGACUAUGCCUUUGUGCACUUCAGUAAACGAGAAGAUGCAGUUGAGGCUAUGAAAGCUCUAAAUGGAAAGGUGCUGGAUGGUUCCCCCAUUGAAGUGACCCUGGCCAAACCAGUGGACAAGGACAGUUACGUUAGGUAUACCCGAGGCACAGGUGGAAGAGGAACUAUGCUGCAAGGAGAAUAUACCUACUCUUUGGGCCAUGUUUAUGAUCCCACCACAACUUACCUUGGAGCGCCUGUCUUCUAUGCCCCCCAAGCCUAUGCAGCGCUUCCUAAUCUUCAUUUCCAAGCCACUAAAGGACACCUGAGCAACAGGGCCAUUAUCAGAGCCCCUUCUGUUAGAGAAAUUUACAUGAAUGUACCUGUAGGGGCUGCGGGAGUGAGAGGACUGGGCGGCCGUGGCUAUUUGGCAUACACAGGCCUGGGCCGCGGAUACCAGGUCAAAGGAGACAAGAGAGAAGAAAAACUCUAUGACCUUCUACCUGGGAUGGAGCUCACUCCAAUGAAUCCUGUCACUUUAAAACCCCAAGGAAUUAAACUAGCUCCACAGAUAUUAGAAGAAAUUUGUCAGAAAAAUAACUGGGGCCAGCCAGUGUACCAGCUACAUUCUGCCAUUGGACAAGACCAGAGGCAAUUGUUCUUAUACAAAAUAACCAUUCCCGCUCUGGCCAGCCAGAAUCCUGCAAUCCACCCUUUUACACCUCCAAAACUGAGUGCCUAUGUGGAUGAAGCCAAGACGUACGCAGCCGAAUACACCCUGCAGACUCUGGGUCUCCCCGCUGAUGGAGGGGAUUCCGGGACUGUGGCUACUGCUGCCACGUCCGCUACUAUUUUCCCAGGAUAUGCUUUCCCCAGUGCCACUGCACCCGUCUCUGCAGCUCAGCUCAAGCAAACAGUGACCCUUGGACAAGACUUAGCGGCAUAUGCAACCUAUGAGGUCUACCCCACGUUUGCUGUGACUGCCCGAGGGGAUGGAUAUGCACCCUUCUGAAGAUGCCUGACUUUUAAUUUAGGGAUAAGAUACACAAAGCUCUAUUAUAGAAGAAAUAGACCUUUCAGUCCCCCAAUGACGUAAACCACGCCUUCUCGAAAGCAGUGCUUUUCCUGAGACUGUGUAACUUAUACCAUUGUAGAGUCCUGAAAUGUGAAUGCUAUUCCUCAGUGAAAUCAAAUAUUAAGGAGACUUUCAUUUAACAGAAAGGCAAAGAGCCAUUAGCCCCAAAAGUUGUUUUUCCAAGUUUCCUGAGUAUCCUGGGAGUAUGUUUACAGUCCCUGACAGAGCAGGAAGAGAUCUCAGCAAGCCAGAGCUGGAGCUGAGCAAACCUGAGGCAUCAGUUACAAGGGAGCCAGUUAAACUUCAGAGUUUCAAUCCUGUGUCAGCGUUGCUGUGUGGCGUACGAAGUCAAGAAGCAGCAAAAGGAAGGUGUGAAAUCGCCUUGCAAAAUGCCUUUACUAUGUGGAGCAUUAUCUCACGCUUGAACUCAUGAAAAUUGUCCAAUAUUUUAUGGAUUCAGCACCACUUCAGCCUGAAAAUUCUACCCGAUUCGUCAUACAUCAGGAUCUUCCUAGCCCACGCAUUUCCUUGGGGUUUCCUAGAAAUUGGUAUGUAUUGCAGCUGUGGUUGAAACAGUUCUGGACUCCUUGUUUAUCCAACUCAUUAACCCAUACUUAUUUUUCCCUAAAACUACUAUCCUGUCCCAGCAUACCCAUAAUACAAAACCCAUGCCAACAUGAAAUGACUUUUCAUCAUUUUAAGGAUUUUGAAUUAUCCGUACUGAUUUACUUUUAUCUCAGACUCAUUUUGCUUGUCUCUAAUAUAAAAAAGUAAAUCAGACCUAUAGAACAACACAUAUGAUACGUUUUCCUAUUCAGCAAGUUGGCAAAAAAUUCAUUUAAAAGA